AUGAAUGGACUGGCACAUCCGUCUUUUGGGAAAAGAAAUGGGAUGAGUGAGUUUUUUAGGAAGAUUAAACAUGUUACAAUUCAGCCGGAAUCGGGAGAGAUAUUAGGAGGGAUACAAGAAGGGAAAAUAAUAAAAUUGCCUAUAGGAUUUGUAUCAGCAUGUAGUAUAACACGAUUAAAUAUACAAGAUUUAAAAGUAUUUGUGAAUAUGACAACAAAAGGAUUAGCGGAGAAUUUAAUAGAAUUAACAGUAGAGAAUAGUAGAAUUCAAACAUUAGAAAUAUUUUUAGGAUCAACACAAGGAUUAAUAUGGAAAAAGUUAAAAACAUUAAAAUGUAUAAAAUGUAAAGUUAAUGUAAUAGGAGCAGGAAUAUUUGAAAAGAAAUUAUUUGCUAAAUUACAGUUUUUAGAUUUAAGUUAUAAUGAAAUAAAAGUAAUAGAAAAUUAG